AUGAGACCUACCCAAGCCCUAUCGGUCGGUCGAUACCGCCACCUCAGACUCACAACCAAGGAUGUUGGAAAAGGCUUCUACAAGGGUAACCGCACUGGCUCCAUGGGUCGACACACAAAGUACGGAGGCUACGUUAUCGAGUGGAACAAGGUCCGAACAUAUGCUGUGCCACCACUGAAGGAUUUCAAGCUUACACCCUUCGUGAGCCGACAAGUCAAGGCGGAGCCUGGUGACUAUAAGGGUCUUGAUAAGGGUCCUCAAGAUCCUUACUUCUACGUUGAGCAAUGGAAACGAUUCAACGGUGUGGAUUGA